GUCUCUAGGGCCCGUUGGGUUGCUACCGUACCCGCGGAAAGGAUGAAACUUUUAGGCUCGCUCUAGGGAAGAGAAGGGUGGCCUCAGAACGCCUUAGACGGCGGAAAGCUGGGGCGCGGGGCGUCGUGCGCUGCCCCCACAGCAAUGGUAAAACGGAAGUCCUGCUCUGGCGGGGCUGGGAGUCCCGGCGGAAGCAGUGUCCUUGCCGGUGCCCGGGCUCGGAGGCUGCCGCUUCAGCCGCAGAGGGAGCAUCCUCGCCAGCAUAUUAAAAUGGCUGUACCAAAAGAUGCCGUCCCUUCCUUGUCGGAAUGCCAGUGUGGGAUCUGCAUGGAUAUCUUGAUUGAGCCGGUAACACUGCCUUGUAAUCACACGCUCUGUAAUGCAUGCUUCCAAUCGACUGUCGAAAAGGCGAAUUUAUGCUGUCCCUUCUGUCGCCGCCGGGUCUCGUCGUGGACCCGGUACCACACCCGAAGAAAUUCUCUCAUCAAUAAGGAACUGUGGGAAAUAAUUCAGAAACAUUACCCAAAGGAAUGCAAGCUUAGAGCCUCUGGGCAAGAAUCAGAAGAAAUCGUCGAUGACUAUCAGCCAGUUCAUUUGUUGAGUAAACCUGGGGAAUUGAGAAGAGAAUAUGAAGAGGAGAUAAGCAAGGUGGAGGCAGAGCGACGGGCCACUGAGGAAGAAGAAAACAAAGCCAGUGAAGAGUACAUACAGAAAUUAUUGGCAGAGGAGGAGGAAGAAGAGAAGAGACAGGCAGAAAAAAGGAGAAGAGAGAUGGAAGAACAGCUAAAAAGUGAUGAAGAACUGGCAAGAAAGCUCAGCAUUAAUAUUAACAGUUUCUGUGAGGAAAAAGUCAUGGCUUCUCCUGUGAAUUCCAGAAAAUCUGAUCCCGUCACAAGCAAGUUGCAAAAGAAAAGUAAAAACAAACAAACAAAUACUGGAGAUAUUCAGAAGUAUUUGUCACCUAAAUCUCAGUUUCGGUCAGCAUCACAGUCUGAAGUGGUACAAGAAGACAAGAAAAACUCCAUGUAUAAGGAAACUAACAGUAACGAUGUAAAGAGUCCUCCGUGGCAAGACACAGAAACUGAGGAAGAUAUGCCAACACUUUCUCCACAAAUAUGCCUUGAAAUCCAAGAACAAAGUUCAGAAUCUUCAAUAGAGUCACCUAUGCCGCAGUUAUGUGCCAGUGGUACAGAAUGGUGCCUUGGAGAAGUCAAAAUGAGACCAAGCAAUCAUGAUAAAGAAUUAUGUGUCAUAAAUCAUGAGAGACAUGAAGCCAGAGUUCCCUACUCCAGAGAAGCUGCAGUUGAGCCUUGUAGCAAAACAGAGAGUGGGUGCACUGUAUCAGAUAUGAUACAGAUGAUUGGAAAUAACACGGUUGAGACAGAAAAUGAAUUGUCUCACCUACUGAUCAGUGAAGAAGGCACUUCCAAAAGAAAAAAACAGGAGCCUUUGUUUGAAACAGUCAGGGAUCCAUGCUUUUCUGCAAAAAGAAGGAAAAUGUCCUCUGAAUCUUCCUCGGCCCAAGAAGAAACAGAAAUCAACUUUACUGAAAAACUGUUAGAUUUGGAACGCCUACUUUUUGAGAGACAUAAACAAGAAGAACAGGACAGGUUGUUAGCGUUACAGAUUCAAAAAGAGGUAGAUAAAGAGCAAAUGAAGCCAAACCCUCAGAAAGGAUCCCCAGGUAGAUAUCAGUUACGUGCUACGCCCUCACCUCCAGACAAAUUGCUAAAUGGGCAGAGGAAGAAUUCCAAAAAUAGGAACUUAAAAGGACAGGCUGAUAAAGAGCAUUCAAAACCUCGCCGAGGCCCAAAACCUGAAAAUAGCCAACCUUUUAAGAUCCAGUUGAGACAUUCAGUUAAUGGAAGAAAGAUGCCAAAUUCUGCUAGAGAUCAUUGUAAUGAAUCUAAAAGUGUUCAUUCCCUACAGCCUAGUAAGUCACAGAAAAAUAUUUUUCAGAUGUUUCGGAGAUACACAAAGUAAUGCAUGGGUAAAGGCAGGAGUGUUUUAGAAUCUGGUAAAGCUGGGUUCUCUUUUUUAUGGAAUGUUCAUAAAACUUUUAUUCUGCUCUGUGGGCACACUCAUUGCCUAUAGUUGAAGGACUGCAAUUACGAGGGAGGAAUGUACAAGUGCCAAAGUCAGUGAUAAGCAAGAGUCUCGAUUCUUGAUGAAUAACUGAUGUGCUGUUCGACAAUCCUUAUAGAUAUAAAAAUGCCUGGGCCAACUCUCAAGAAAUAUUUAAGUGCCAUUCUCUUUACAAACAAAUGCAUGUUUUAUGUAUGGUCUUUGCUCACCUUUUUCUGACUAGUAAUCAAAGCAAGAUUAUACUAUAUACCAAGUAGUUAAGGGAUCAGGUUAAAAUCUAAGUGUUUUGCUGCUUCGCCAUGUAUUUGUAGGUCACUUGAAAGGUAUCUCCUAUAACACUAAAAUAAUCUAAUCUUUAUAUUUUUAAUUAUUUUAAGCAUUAUAUCAUUUUCUUUUCUUUAAAAUGAGAAUCAUGUGAAAUCAGAGUUUUCUGGAAAAUUAGGAUUAAUUGACAGAAAGGAAAGUCAUCUCUUGAUGCUAAAGGAAUUAAGAGUUGGGGUGAGGCUGAGUAGAGUGAACUGAUAAUUUGGAAGCAUUGAAACUGAGUGAUCAGAAGCUGGGCCCAGGAUGGAGCAGCAGAGCAUUUCCCCUCAUCCUUUCUUUGUUAAAUGACACAGAAAACAUUUGGGUUUUACUGCCUGUUACAACAUAGUAAGCAGUGCUAAAAUAAUUAGUUACUAAAUUACCUGAAAUUUUGGAAAUUCACAUUUCUAUUAACCUGCUCUUCUAGAAAAUGAGAAUUUACUGUAGGAGUGUUAAAUCACAAUAUACUGUGUUGUGGAACUUGAGUCAUAAAUAACCAUGUGUUUAUUUUCUUAUCAUUUGUAUUGGUAGUGAUUUUUGUGUUUAUGGACAGAAAUAGCAUGGUACUUGGGUUUUUCCCCUAUAUUGGUGAGAUUUAACUUAGAGACUGUCGAUAUUUGUUUCAUUAACGUGAACAACUUUGAGCAAACAACAGUUUUAACAGCAUUUCUGCUUAUGUCUAGUUAUUCAUCCUUUUAAGGUAAAAAUGCAAUAAAAUGUCCUAGAACUAAGUCUAGCUGCAAUUUGUCAAUAUUUUUAUACAUUUUUGAGAUUUUCUUCCUCCAGAUUUUGCAACUGAAAUUGUGUUAAUCUUUGAGUAGUUGAUUGCAUCUACUUCAGUAUUUAUUGGGUAUGUAAUUAGAGGUAGAAUUCUGGUGCUAAUUUAAAAUUUACUUUGCCCUUUCUUAAAAAAAAGGUGAUAAUGGUUGUGCUGAAAUGAAGUGUAGUCAGAAAUUAACAAAAUUUGUCUAAAAUACACUAAAAUUUAUCUAUCAAACUGUUA